AUGUUCAGAGAUUCAACAUUUAUUGAAUCCAAAUUCCAGUUGGAAAUUCAAAUCAAUGAAGUGGCGGAGAGCAAAGCCGAAACGGAGAGGAUUGAACGAAAAUUGGAAGCGGAAAAAGAACGACAUAAAACGAUGGUUUUGUUCCUGAUCAAUGAACGGAAACAGAUGUUGUUGAAGAUGCAUGAGUUACGGGUUAAAUCUGAAUCACAUGCGUUCCGAUUUGGUUUUGUUGCAACUGCUGUUGUAUAUGAUCUCGGUGAACUUGAUAAGCAGCAGUUAGAUUGA